AUGUCUGCCGGUAUGGGUUCGAUGGUCACUGGAUUCUUUGGUAUGAAUCUUGUCAAUGGAUUUGAACAUCAUCCCUAUUCGUUCCUGACGGUGUGUGGCUGUGUGAUGGCAGGUGGUUUGACAACGUUUGGAUUGAUCAAGUACUACUGUCAUGUCAAUAACAUUCUACCGUACACCAAGAAGCAAAAGUUCCGCUUUGGAAGCAAUGCUGGCAAUCAAGCAUUCCAAAAUCCAUUCCAACACGCACAUUCCAAUCAAUUGGCUGGAAUGAAUAUCAACCCAAUUGGAUUGCCAAACAAUAACAGUAACAAUGCUAAUGCUAGUGCUACUGGCGGUGGUGGUGUUGGUAUCAACACUUCGAACCUACCACACAACGAGAACAUCAACGUCGGUUUCAACCAUCAUCAACUCUCGAGUAACUACGACCCGAACAACAAACUUGGCAUUGCCAAUCAAAUGUAUGCUUUUAACAAUAGUCCACAACAUCAUCAUCAAUCAACACAACAGCAACAGCAACAGCAACAACAACAACAACAAAGGAAAAAUAGAUUCUUUGCUAUCAGAUCAAUUUUCAAAAAAGAUUAA